AAGUCUCCAAGUUUAUAUAAUUCAGAAGCGGAAGAUAUAAAUAUGGUGAAUCUUGAUCUUUUUAUACAAAUUAACCAAGGCUUAGAUUAUAUUGAAAACUAUCUUAGAGGUGCUGGAACACUAUUAAAUAAUCCUAUCAAUAUUAUAAAUGGCAUUAGAGAUGAUAGAGAUAAUCAGAUAGUUCAGCUACAACAGGAUGUUAAUUUCUAUAGACAACAAAAUGCCAACCUUUAG